GGGACCAAGCAUGCAGCACGGAUGACGAUUCCCAAUGAUCGAGGCAACAUAAUCAACACCGCCAGCAUCGCUUCGACAUUUGGUGGAGCUGCGUCAUACGCUUACACAAGUUCAAAACAUGGUAUGCUUGGCCUACAGGACCGCAAGUUGAAGCAUGAGAUGGUCUGGUCCGGAGUUAAUGCCUCUGGCAUAAUAUCGCUAUCAUCAGGGUUGGACUUGUCGGGGCUUUUCACGGGGGAGAAGAGGAAGGAAAAGAGAUAUGGUUCAACAGCCUCGGUUGAGAGGGUGGUGGAAAGGGUCAUGAGAGGGGUGGCGGAGAUAGUGAAGUUGUUCUCGUUGGUGGAGGUGGGGCUGGCGAAGGGUAAGGCGGAGUUUGAGGAUGGACAGUGGAGGGAUUUGGAGGCUGAGCUUGGGGACUUUAUUGUUUCUUGGCACACAGAUUCAGUGGAGAACUAGAGGAGAAGCUAUACAUAAUACAUCGCAGUUUCUUUUGAUUUUUAGUCUUUUCGAUGUAUUUUCUAUUUUUCUUUUUGGUGGUUUCAAAAUGUCCUCGAAAAUUCAGCAAUGAUACACACUACUUAAAAUAUCACUGCAAGAUACGUAUAUAACAUUAUAAGUGAAUGGUAAAUAAAAGAAUUAAAUUAUA